CAUAAACAUAUCAUAGUUACGAUGAAGUGAUUUGCAUAACCUCUAACGUAUGCAUAUCAGCAAACGUUCAUUACAACGUCUCCGCUUUUGAGAUCGAUACUCGAUGUUUCCUUUCGUUCAACGGCCAUAGUUGGUAACAGAACAACGCUGUCUGGAGGAUUUUCAAUGGCAAUCGAGAAAGGAACAAUACGGCUAUUUAUCUACACACUUGUAUACGUGUUUUAUUUGUGCAUGGGAUCUUUAAUCUUCGCGACGUUAGAAGCACCGGUAGAGCAAGCAGAAUUGGAUAAACUGAAGGAGCUUAGAGCGCAAUUUCUUGACGAAAAUCGAUGCGUGAACGACGCGGAGUUAGAGAAAUACGUGCUGAGGGUUAUCAAAGCCACGAAACAUGGCAUUGAACCGAUACGAAAUGUUACAACGUUUCCGAAUUGGAAUUUCGCUAGUGCCUUCUUGUAUUCAGGAACACUGGUUACAACAAUCGGUUAUGGCGAUAUCGCACCACUAUCAGAUAAAGGAAAAAUAUUCACCAUUGUAUUCGCGUUGUUUGGCAUCCCCAUGACGGCAAUUUUACUAACAGCAAUCGUGGAACGUAUGUUAGGUAGCGCUGAAGCUCUGGAAGGUUUUAUGUCACGUCAUUACUUCACUCAACCCAAUCUUCCUAAGAGCUUCAUCCGCGCGGUCAACGUCUCGCUCAUUGUGAUCGUAAUAGUCACGCUGAUCAUUCUACUGCCGGCGCUGUUUUUCACGCUGGUGGAGAAAUGGGGCUACUUCGAAUCGCUGUAUUUCUGCUUUAUCACGCUAACAACGAUCGGACUUGGCGACUACACUCCGGGUGACAGCGAGGUUUGGCUCGGAAGCAAGUACAGAAAUCUGUACAAGAUAUUAUGCGUGCUUUACUUCCUCGUCGGCUUGUCGUUCGUCGUACUGAUACUCGAGAUGUGCGCGAAGGUUCCCGAGGAUCAUCCGGGCAUGCUGUUCUCCUGUCACAAACCAAUGUUAGACGAUGCCGAAGAUGACACGGAAUUAAAGCCAUUGCGAGGAGCGCGGGAACACGAGAACACGAACGAGUCCAGGGACUCUCAAGGAUAUCAUUUGAUCAAUGAGGAGGACAAGGAUAAGCCUUACCCUUCCCCAUAAUUGUACAUAGGCCAAUCUCGUUUCCCGAGACCGCGAUCGCAGGCCCUGGGAACGAGAUAUUGUCGUACCCAGCGCCCUAUCUUCGCACUGCGCGCCGCAUAUUUAUUUUUUUUCGCGAUGAGGCCAGGUUAACUA